GGGGGCUGAACGCCUUCCCCGGGGGUUACUCCCACCCCCAGAGGCGGUCCCACCGAAAAAACCCAAAUCAAGCCUCUCCUCGACUCCCCCCAAAUUCCACCCCCACGGACGCCCCGCGCAGUCUGGUCCUCAGCGCCCACCCCCGUCGCGGGGAGAUGACGCCCGAGAGAUGACGUCGGACGGAGCGCGGAGGGCAGCAGCGCCGGGAUGCACCGGCGGGGAGUGGGCGCGGGCGCUAUCGCCAAGAGGAAGCUCGCGGAGGCAAAGUACAAGGAGCGAGGGACCGUCCUGGCUGAAGACCAGCUGACGCAGAUGUCUAAGCAGCUGGACAUGUUUAAGACCAACUUAGAAGAGUUUGCCAGCAAACACAAGCAAGAGAUCCGUAAAAACCCUGAGUUCCGGGUCCAGUUCCAGGACAUGUGUGCAACCAUCGGAGUGGAUCCUUUGGCAUCUGGUAAGGGAUUCUGGUCAGAGAUGCUGGGAGUUGGAGACUUCUACUAUGAACUAGGCGUGCAGAUCAUUGAAGUUUGCCUGGCUCUGAAACACAGGAAUGGAGGUCUGAUAACACUGGAAGAACUUCAUCAGCAAGUGCUGAAGGGAAGGGGGAAGUUUGCUCAGGAUGUCAGCCAGGAUGAUCUCCUUCGUGCAAUCAAGAAGCUGAAGGUCCUGGGGAAUGGCUUUGUGAUAAUCCCUGUUGGUGGAACGUACCUGAUCCAGUCGGUGCCAGCUGAACUGAACAUGGAUCACACUGUCGUCCUGCAGCUGGCAGAGAAGAAGGGCUAUGUAACAGUCAGUGAGAUCAGGUCCAGCCUGAAGUGGGAGACCGAACGCGCGAAGCAAGUACUGGAACACUUGCUGAAAGAAAGAAUGGCCUGGCUGGAUAUGCAGGCAGCAGGAGAACCUCAGUACUGGCUGCCUGCUCUCUUUGCAGAGCUGUACUCUCAGGAAAUCACUCUAGAGGAAGCCAAGGAAGCAAUACCUUGACUGCUACAUGUUCUGUGCCUGUGUAUAAUUCUUGUGAGGUUAUUUGCAUAUCACCUGAAACACAGAGAUAGUGGACUUGAAAUAAAAGUUUUGUAAAAGGUAUCUAGCUUGAAAAGUGUAAUAGGACUGAUUCAUACUUGCUUACCUCUGAAUUUUCUCCUCUGUUGUGGGUGGAAAUGCCAUUUACCAUUACAGACAACUAAUUACCUUGUCAUAGGCAAGAGGAAAAUUAUCUAAGCUGCCAUUGCAAGUGCAGUCUCAGAGAAUGCAAAUAUGACUGGCUAAGAGUCACAUAAUCUUAGGAGCCAGCAGUGACACUGAGAAACUGUUCUGUAGUUCUCUCUUUUCUGUGAAUGUGUCAUUGUUCCACUGAGGAGUACCACAGUCUAGAUUCUGCCAAAACAAACUUUAUUGCACAAAAAAUCUUAUGUACAAUAGUAUAUAAACAAGGUAUCUUAGAGUGACUCUUGUGCAUAUAUUUUUUCAACUCAAUUAGGUCUAACAAUCUAUUGCUAAAAUAUCUCUCCCUAAAGCAGUCAUUUGAGGAUUGUCACUUUGAAAUGGAAACAUUCAGAAAUGGUAAACCAGACAACAUUAGAACUAUAAAACUAUUACUUCUCUUACAGCAACAUGCUAGUUAUGUGAAUAGUGUCCACAAUAAGGCAUUUUCUCAUUUCGUUGUCUUGGUAGAUGGUAACGCCACAUGCAUCAAACAUUGAUUUCAGAGCCACCCUGCCUGGGGCAGGCAGCAGAGUCACAGCUCUACCCACGAUGCUACUGAAGGGUGAAAAACAACAUUGGUGACAUUUACAAUGGGAUUAAAGAGGUGGUGAAACAGCA